AUGAAUUGGGAAGUCUUCUGCUUCAGGGUGUUCCCCUACUACAGACCUGGCAACCCUAUCAGGCGCCAUUUUGAGCACGUGUGGUUUCGGGGCUGCGAGGUGAAACAGUCGCUUUUACUGUGCGGAGUGGAGGGGAACAAACGGGCUGCUGGCGAGCACUGUAAUGUUUGUAGUCGCAGACCGGAAGUGGAGUUUGUAGAGAAACAGAUAAACCGCAGAGAGAGAGAGCGCGCGCGCGUGUGUGUGUAUGCGCGUCUGCGCCUGUGCAGCGACAACAGCGAAGUGAGUGCGCGCGCGAGGGAGACCCCGAGAUACAGGUUUGAAGAAGACGCAAUUCCCAAAAUGUCCAAGGCACUGAAUUCUCCUUCUCACUCUCGGUCCCGAUCGAGGUCUCGGUCCCGCUCGAGGUCGUAUUCGCGGUCCCGCUCCAGCAGCCGCUCGCGCUCGAGGUCCAGGAAGCAUCGCUACAGCUCCAGAUCUCGCUCCCGUUCCCAUAGUCGUGACAGAAACUACCCAUCGAGAGAUUUUCAGAGCAACCGGGGGUACUCUCGUGGAUUCCGUGGCUACCGGAGACCCUUCUAUUACAACCGUGGCCGGGGUCGCGGUUACUAUCCACGUGGCUACCACAGAGGAGGAGGGGGUGGUGGCGGCUCUUACGGUUAUCGCUCCAACAACUGGCAUGGAGGCCACCGUGACCAGCAGCAAUCCCACGAUCACCACAGCCCCAAAAGGGGGCGCUCUCGCUCCCGCACGCCACGCAAACGCUCGAGGAGCCGCAGCCGCUCCCAUUACUCUGGCAAAUCCUCUUCUCGAUCGCGUCACUCGAGCUCAUCUUCGCGAUCCCCGUCUCCGCGACGCCGUACCUCCGGAAAGGCUCCCUCUAAGGAGUCAAAGAGUAAGAGCUCACCAAACGAAGGGAAAGGCAAUAGCAAAGAACCAGAACCCAAACCCUCUGCGUCCAUUCCCGAGGAGCCGCUGAGCAAAUGGGAGAGCCUGAGCGACUACACCACCAGUCCGAAAGCAUCGAAUCCCGAGCCAACGGUUCCACUCGGGACUCAACCUGAGGUUAAAGUGUCCCUUUCUGAAGCUACAGGUAAUGGUGCCUCUGUUUGGAGAAGCAUUAGUGGUCCUGAAACCAAGAGCCCUCCAAAGCAAGCAGCAGCAUCAACUGGUUUUGGCUUCUUCUCCAAGGAAGACAUGAAGGCAGGAGAGAAAGCAGCCAUUUCCACAGCGUUCAAAAAGUUUCUGGCAGAGAAGAAAAAACCCUCAUCCGACUGGGAUGACAAUCAGGGCGAAGACCCGAGUCCCGGCGAGGCCGAAAAGGAGAAGAGUAACCGCAAACAAAAAGGCGUUUUCGAACUGGAUCCGGUUUAUGUCGAGUCAAAGACGAAUAAAGGACUUCCGUUUCUGGACGAGGACGAAGACGAGUAUUCGAAGAGCGUGAAGGAGCGAAAAACCGAGGAGGAACCCAAGUACAAGGCCAAACUCACUCUGUCUGCGAGGGAGCUGUUUGAAGAGCGUUUUGGGAAGUGGGACGAUGACUACGCGCCCAACAAAGAUUCGAUGCAACAGGAGGAAGAAAUGGAGGAGGAAGAGCGUGUGAUCGAAGAGCUUUACCGGAGCCGCAAGCAGGCAGCGCGCAAAGAAGAGAAGGCCGCCAAGAAGAAGGAGAAGAAGAAGAACCGUGUGAGUCCAGCAUCCCCUUCGCCGACCAGAAGCGCAGAACGGAGCAAGCCCCUGUUCCCUUCAGCCAAGGAGGCGUCGCCUCCUGCCAGAUCCUCCAAGAAGAAAGAGCCGGAAUUUAAUUUUAGUCUGAAAGCGUUUAACGAUGACGCGGAGAGCUCGUCUGGUGCUUUAGCCAAAGAAAGACGUUUGUCUCAGGAUCUAAUGUACCCUGUAAAGAAAGAGCAUGAGGAGUUCCGCUCCAUUUUCCAGCACAUUCAGGCGGCUCAGCUGCGCCGCAGCCCGUCAGAGCUGUUUGCUCAACACAUAGUCACCAUUGUCCAUCACAUCAAAGCUCAGCACUUUCGCUCAUCCGGGAUGUCUCUGAACGAGCGAUUCGGCAUGUACCAAAGAAAAGCCGCACAGAUGGAAAUGAUGAGGCAAAGAAAGAGUCCUGAGAUCCACAGGAGAAUUGAUGUGUCCCCCAGUGCUUUUAAGAAGCACGCUCGUCUGUUUGAGGAUAUGGACGAGAGCGACUACAAGGAUUAUGGUAAAAAAUACGAAGGAGAGUCAGUGGACCUGCGUUUGGAUAUUGAGCGACGUAAAAAAUACCCCAAACGUGAGGGGGGCAAAGGCUCAGCCGGGUCACGCACCCCCAGCCGAGAACUCUCUCCUGAUAAAUCCUCCAAGCACAAGAAGUCCAAGAAAAGCAAGAAGAAGCGCGAGCGUUCUCCUUCCUCCUCGUCCUCCUCUUCAUCUCCUUCGCCCCACACAUAUCGAUCCAGAGACUACCACGGCGAGGAGAUGGAGCACAUGGAGAAAGGGGGCUUCGAUAAGUCCCGCCUGGGCCCCCGAGAGUACCCCCGGGACUAUGACGGGGGCCACAUGGAGAGAGGAGGCUAUGAGAGAGGAAGAGGAGGGUAUGAGCGCGGAGGAUUCGACCGGACGGGAUACGAUAGAGGACGCGGGGGAUACGACAGGGGAUUUCCGAGAAUGAGAGGUCGAGGAUGGAACAGGGGAAAUUACCCCAACAACAAUAACAACGGAAACCCCACUAAUAUGGGCGGGCCAGCGCGCCCCCCGGAGGAGGAAUGGGACCCUGAGUAUACCCCAAAGAGCAGGAAGUACUACCAGCACGACGACCGUGACCGCGACCGCGAGGGAGAGAUGAAGUGGGUGGACGGGCGCGGCCGUGGGCGGGGCAUGUACCCGCGCAGCAGAGGCUCCUUCGCCGUACGCAGAGGCACCGGAGCAAGUGGGAGCAGCGGCAGCCCCAAGUGGACCCACGACAUGUUCCAGGGAGCCACAGAGGAGGGAGAGCUGCCCGACGACGGAGCUGAGCACGGCCUCAAAGACGACGAAAAGGCGCCCGAGGGCUCCGCCUCGAAACCCUAGACCACACCCACUCACUUUUGUGUUUGUGUUUUUUUUUCUUAUGAGUUAAUUCCUCACUGCAGUCCCCAAACACAGGUGUGUUGUUCAGAUGGAGUGUACAGCGCCGUUCUGCUGAGCCUCUCGCUUUAUUAACUGUCUCACCUUUAGAACAAAACGCUCUGUUGACUUUAGAUUGAAUUAUUAUUAAUUUUUUUUUUUUUUUAAACGCAUAGUAGCUCCAGUGCACUUGAGUCUAACUGGAAUUAAUCCGUGUGUGUACGUGAUUUAUAUAUAUUUUUUUCCCCUUCAUUUUUUUGUUUUAUAACGUGCAAUGGAGAUGCACACUUGUGCCUUCACUUGUGAGACGGGAACUGCAGUGAAGUGGUUAUAGGGUGUGUGUUUGUUUUUUGCGCUAACUGUUUGUUUAUUCUUUCUUUUCUUUCGUCUUGUCCUCCUCCUCCUCCUACAUGGGUGUGUUGUGUUAUACAGGUCUCGGACUUGAUUUUAACCCGUCUCGUCCAUCCUGUCGACAUUUAAAUUAAUCACAGAGUCGUUUCCCCUCUGAAACGGUUCCACUGUGUAUUUUUAAUAAUCAGUGAUUAAUAAGUCAAGAGAGUUAAAAGCGUACUGGGAUUAUUUUCAGUCGUACCCUGAAUUGUGUGUCGUGUCUUUUUUUUUUUUUUAAACAAUUGUAUUCACUUUUGCUUUGUAAAUGAUUUGUAGCGGCUUAGAUUGUGGGUAUUUUUUUCCUUUCUUUUUUUUUUUAAACGUGUGUAAUAUGAUCCCAAAUGGUUUUAGUCCGAAAAAAAUUCUCAGCAGAAGGGUUUUGUGGGAAAAUAAGUCUUUGUAUGCAAAAACACACACAUCAGUGAUUUUAGACAGUCGGUGAACGAAUCCACUUUAGCUGCUACACCGUUCGUAGGUCCGAGACUAACGAGCCGCGAUGAUCUCCGUAGGUCCGUGAUUGAAAGUCGACUCCGCGCUCAGCUCUGCUUUGUAGAAUCUUUUCAUUUGCAGUGACGCAUUAUAAAUCCCUUUUUGUUACGUUUAUACUGUUCAGGCAAUGCUCUCGUUUCUGUCUUUCCUCAUUACCGUUUCAAUAAAAGCCCCUUCUUCCUC